GCCAGCACGUACGGCCACAGUCAGCUGAAAACUGGGCAUCCCGUCCGCUCUGCCAUACAUAAGCAGUUGAACGGCAGAUUAGUACUACGGUGGGUGACCACGUGGGAAUCCCUGCUGCUGUACGUUUUGCUUUCAACGUCUCCUCUUUUUGUAAUAGAAGCAUAUGUCAAUGUUUUGACGCAUUCCAACAAUGGUUCAAACAGGGCCUUUGGAACGAUGGCUGAGCUUGACGUCUGUCGGGGUUUCUUUAUUUUGUUUCUCCAUUCUUUCAGCUUCGACCCAUAA